GACACUUCUCUCUUAAUAUUGGCAAUUUCAAAUACAACUAAUAUAACACCAUUGUUGUGACGAGAUAUUAGCACAUUGCCUCAUGGCACAUAUUAUCCUCCUGAGUGUGGCUUUGGUGUCUGUCUUCCUAAUUCUGCGUAUUUUUUAUCGAAUAUUCUUCCAUCCACUCAGCAAAUACCCCGGGCCAGUGCUUGCUGCUUCAAGCCGCCUGUGGUAUAUCAACCAGAUGAUCAACGGAACUCUCGCUUUUACAGUCAAAGAAUUACAUCAGAAAUAUGGAAAGGUAGUGCGCAUAGCGCCUGACGAGCUUUCAUUCGUCUCCAGCCAAGCUUGGGUCGAUAUCUAUGGAUUUCGAAACGGAAAACCUGAAAUGAGUAAAGAGACGCCAUUUUUCACAAGUAAAAAUAGUUCUGUUGGUGGAGUUAUUUCUGCUGAGAGAGAGAUGCAUGGUAUUCUCAGAAAGCUCAUGUCGAGGGGAUUUUCGGAAGCUGCAUUGAGGGAGCAAGAGCCAAUCGUUCAAGGUUAUACACAAUUACUCAUUGAUCAACUGAAAGAGGAAUCAAAGAAGGGGAAAACGGUUGACAUGGUUUCUUGGUACAAUUUCUUCACCUUCGAUGUCAUUGGUGAUCUUGCAUUCGGCGAACCUUUUGGCUGUCUCACAUCUUCAUCAUAUCAUCCUUGGGUAAAGAUGAUAUUCGACAGUAUGAAGUUCAAUUAUUUUUGUCAAGCAUUGAAUUACUAUCCUUCCAUCGAGUGGAUGCUGCCAUUAUUCAUGCCAAAAUCCCUCGCACAGAAAGGGGCUGAUCAUCAUAAAAUGACGGUUGAGAAAGUUAUGAGACGAAAACAAAACAAAACUGACAGGAUGGAUUUUCUAUCACUCAUGGUAAAGCCAGAGAAUGGAAUUAGCGAUCAGCAGUUAAUUGCGAAUUCAAAUCUUUUGAUUGUGGCUGGCAGUGAAACAACGGCGACGGCUUUAGCUGCUUGCACAUGGUAUUUGUGCAAGUAUCCCUCGACAUUAGCGAAGCUUACAGCGGAGAUUCGAACGGCAUUUUCGAGCUCAGAUGACAUAACUUUCUUGGGGGUCAACAGACUCAAAUAUCUCAACUGCGUUCUGACUGAGACGCUAAGAUGUUUUCCAUCUACACCUACGGGAGUGUCAAGAAGGGUUCCACAAGGUGGAGAUAUGAUUGAUGGUGGCUUUGUUGCCGGUGGGAUGCAAGCGGGUAUCGCUCAGUUGGCAGCGAACCAUUACCCGUCGAAUUUUACUAGACAUGAUGAAUUUAUCCCCGAACGUUUCGAGACAAAUUGCCCACCAGAAUUUGCGAAUGACGAUAAGGCAGCAAUGCAAUCUUUCAGUUUCGGUCCUAGAAAUUGCCUUGGGAAGAAUCUUGCGUAUGUAGAGAUGCGGUUAAUAAUAGCCCGUAUUUUAUGGGAAUUUGACAUUGAGAUGUGCGAUGGAAUGGAAAACUGGAGUGACGUAAAGAUAUUCUUAGUCUGGGAUAAGAAGCCACUCCCAGUUAGACUUACGCCAGUCCCAAGAGAUUGAGAAAUUGAGAAAUGCGUGCGUCGCGUGGAGAUGCAUUUAGAUUGAUAAAAACUUGGUAAACUUGGGUUGUUAGAGGUGUUGGUAGUUGACAAAAUCGAAAAUGUGAUUCUGCACCAGGGCAUUGGAACAAGGAGAAGUUAUUACGCUAUAAUUAGAAUCUCUAUUUAAUUUUCAUUUUGGAGCUUUGAUUAAUACAGAGAAAUUUGAACUAUCACAAUUUAUCA